AACACUUGGAGCUCCUUAGCAAGCCGGUCACGUCCCCAUAUAGAGGCUUGUAGACAUGCGUGAUGUUGGAGUUGCAAGCCCGGGAGCUGUCCAAGUGCUGAAAUACAGUGGCUGGUCCGCUCUUCACUGACUUCAGCCGCUCUCUAUCCCCCUCCCACUCCCACCCUCCUCAACCCCAGCGAAUAUGGUGCCGGCGCCUCCCGGAGGGGAGCCCAAUCUCAACCGCUUCCCUCAACAUGAAGUUUGAUUCCUCCCGUUCCCCUGACGUCGUGUUUACGGAGGGGUUUUGGGAAGAGAUGCCAUUCUGACGCUCCUCACUCCCCACAGCAACAGCGCGAUCUCCAAGUCUCCCGGCGCACGAUGAUACUGAGGACUGAUGCCCUGCAUUCUUCUCCCUCCGCCCGCGUCUCAUUCGCCGACUGUUUGGGUGGAAAGCGUUGGAUCUGACUUCCCCACACGAUUUGCCGAGUGUUUUUUAUUUGAAGAAGGGGGUGGGGUGGGGUGGGGAGAAACGUUGUUUCCAGAACACUGCGCUCGAUAUCAGACAGAGAGAUAAGAGUUUGGCGGAAUGCAUCGACCAGUUGUAAAAAUCCUGACAACAGUGUUCGCGUGCUUCCUGGAAACCAGCAACUUCAGGUUAGCCCUCUCCAAGGAACAUGAUUCCAGGUCUUCAGCCAAACCGGCCUCGCAGACCAUGUCCCCCUCGGAUUUCCUGGAUAAACUGAUGGGAAGGACGUCUGGAUACGACGCCCGAAUCAGACCGAAUUUUAAAGGUCCUCCUGUUAAUGUUACAUGCAACAUAUUUAUCAACAGCUUUGGUUCAAUAGCAGAAACAACGAUGGACUACAGGGUGAAUAUAUUCUUGCGACAAACAUGGAAUGAUCCACGAUUAGCCUACAGCGAAUAUCCUGACUCCUCCUUAGAUUUGGAUCCUUCCAUGUUGGACUCCAUUUGGAAGCCUGAUUUGUUCUUUGCCAAUGAAAAAGGGGCCAACUUCCACGAAGUGACAACAGAUAACAAACUGCUCCGUAUUUUCAAAAACGGAAAGGUUUUGUAUAGUAUAAGGCUGACAUUAACAUUAUCUUGCCCAAUGGACCUGAAAAACUUUCCAAUGGAUGUGCAAACAUGCGCGAUGCAGUUGGAGAGCUUUGGGUACACAAUGAACGAUCUGAUAUUUGAGUGGCUGGCAUUGGGGGCAGUACAGGUUGCAGAUGGACUGACCCUGCCACAGUUUCUUCUGAAGGAUGAGAAGGACCUGGGAUACUGCACGAAGCACUAUAAUACGGGAAGAUUUACCUGCAUCGAAGUUAAGUUCCAUUUGGAAAGACAGAUGGGUUAUUACCUAAUCCAGAUGUACAUUCCAAGUCUGCUGAUCGUCAUACUGUCCUGGGUCUCAUUCUGGAUUAACAUGGAUGCAGCACCAGCAAGAGUUGCCCUGGGCAUCACCACAGUACUGACGAUGACUACCCAGAGUUCCGGCUCACGAGCUUCACUUCCAAAGGUCUCAUAUGUCAAGGCCAUAGAUAUAUGGAUGGCAGUGUGUCUACUCUUUGUGUUUUCUGCCUUGUUGGAAUAUGCUGGUGUAAACUUUGUAUCACGCCAACACAAAGAGUUUCUGCGCCUGAGGAGAAAACAGAGAAGACCAAAUAAGGAUAAUGAUUUGGUUCUGGAGAGUCGCUUCAACUUCAGUGGAUACGGGGUGGGUCAUUGCCUUCAAGUCAUGGAUGGCAGUACUGUCACGACGGUCGCUCCAGCUCCUCCACCGCCACAGCCCACGGAUGCAGAAGCCGUCAGGAAGAAGUUCAUUGACAGAGCAAAAAGGAUUGACAUGAUAUCCCGUGCUGCCUUCCCUUUGGCAUUCCUAAUUUUUAACAUCUUUUACUGGAUUACAUACAAAAUUAUACGACAUGAAGAUGUCCAUCAGUAGUAGGCAGUAGGCAGCGUGCCCUAGCAGAAGGCUUGUCCUCGCCUGGACUGUGCGUGACCAAGUUGUGCUAAAUAAUCUUUAUUGUUCACUGUCUCUCAAUAAAAUGACUAACGCAGAAUGAAGAAACGCUUAAUGUUUGCAUUCAGUUGGGAUAGCAAUAGAAUGCAAAACUUUAAAAUCCUAAAAUAAGGGCGCAGUGUACUGCAUUAACCUUCGAGACGUCUUCUUCCAAUGUCUGCCCUUGACUGAAUUAUUUUUCUCUGUAAACUUGCCCAUUGCCAAUUCUGGAAGC